GGACUCCUGGCAGAGGCACAUCGGGCAGGACUUCCGGCAGAGGCACAUCGGGCAGGACUCCGGGCAGAGGCACAUCGGAUUACCAGGCGGGAGCGACAGGCAUCGGGCCCCCGAGGUGGGGCGACAGGCAUCGGGCCCCCAGGCGUUGGCGACAGGCAUCAGGCCCCAGGUGGAGCGACAGGUCAUCGGGCCCCCAGGCGGAGCGACAGGUCCUCCGGGCCCCCAGGCGGAGCGACAGGUCUCGGGCCCUCAGGCGGAGCGCGGGCGCCGGACCCCCAGGCGGAGCGACAGGUCUCGGGCCCCCCAGGCGGAGCGGCGGGCGCCGGACCCCCAGAAUGGAGCGACAGGUCUCGGGCCCUCAGGCGGAGCGGCGGGCGCCGGACCCCCAGGUGGAGCGACAGGUCUCGGGCCCUCAGGCGGAGCGGCGGCGCGCCGGACCCCCAGGCGGAGCGACAGGUCUCGGGCCCCCAGGCGGAGCGACAGGUCUCGGGCCCCCAGGCGGAGCGGCGGGCACCGGACCCCCAGGCGGAGCGGCAGGCGCCGGACCCCCAGGUGGAGCGACAGGUCUCGGGCCCUCAGGCAGAGCGCGGGCGCCGAGUCAUCUGGCACGACAGUGGGCUCCGAGUCAACUGGCAUGACCGCUGGCACUGGGUCAGACAUUGUAUCGUCUGGCUGGACAGCGGGCAUCGGGUCACCCGGACAUCAGGUCAUAUUUGGCUCGACACCGCGGGCACCGCAUCAAUCUGGCAAGGCAGUGGGCUCCGAGUCAACUGGUAUGACCGCGGGGCACUGGGUCAGACAUUGAAUCGUCUGACUGGACAGCGGGCAUCGGUUCACCAGGCAUCAGGUCAUUUGGCUCAACAGCGGGCACCGCGUCAUCUGGCAAGGCAGUGGGCUCCGAAUCAACAGGCACGACAGUGGGCACCCGGGUCAUCAGGCAUUUGGAUCGUCUGGCUCGACAGCGGGCAU